UCUCCUCCCCCUACCAUAACACGCGACCGUCCCGCCUGCUGGAAAACCGGCUGGACGAGGGGGGCCGGACCUCGGCGGGACGUCCCCGUGGAGGGGCGGGCUGAGGCUGCGGCCUGCGUUGAGGAGGCGGCACCGCUCGGUUCAGCCGUCCGCUUGUCUCCGCUGUGCCGGCCCGGGCAGGCAGCGCCCGGCGUGCUCCGGUGGUCCCGCGUACCCUCGGUGGCCAUGCGGCUCUUCACCGGCGCUUCCAGCGCAAUGCGGACGGCAGCACUGCUGCUGCUGCUCGCUCCCGGUUCCGGAAGUGUAGAGAUGAUGAAUACCAGCAGUACUACGCCCUUCACAACGAUUCCAGACCCUAAGUUGAAAGGCAAUAGUAGUUUGCCCUCCAAUCUCACUGUUGCGUCAUCUACAAAAUCAACAGCAACAUCUAUAGUAGGUACAUCCACCCAUACUACUCACCCAACCAGCACCAGUCAGCCCAUCAACACCACUAUGUCUGUCAUCUUGACGACUCAACCCACCAAAACCAGCGAGACAACAAGAUUCACCAGAGCUCCAUCAGUCACAUCAUCACAACCGAAUAUUACAGUGGUGACUACUUCCAAGAUUUCUUUCACUUCUGUAACAGGCACAUCAAAAUCUGAGGCUGUCAUAGUCAAAACCUCCAGAUUUGAUGUGGGCAGUUUUGUAGGUGGCAUUCUGCUGACGCUUGGAGCCCUAGUUAUUCUCUACAUUGGAUGCAAAACCUAUCACGCUAGAAGAGGCGUUCAGUACAGAACCAUUGAUGAACAUGAUGCCAUCAUUUAAAGAGACUUCAGGGAAGAAGAAACCCAUCCUGUCACAGCUGUUUAACUUGCUUCUGAAAGAGUUUCUUUCAUAAAGAUGAUAUGAAUCUCUAGACCUGCCUUCGGUGUGAUCCUGCAAAAUGUUGAGAAGCAGUUUAAACAUCCUGAUUUUUUUGCAUUGGCUUUCAUCAGGAGAAGAGGAACUCAGUGCCCUGUAGAGACAGUAUUUUCUUUUUCCAGUAUUUGUAACCAAAUGUAAAGAAACACACAUCUUGAGUCAUUUUCAGGUACACACACAAGUCUAAAAUAGCACAGUGGAUCAGACUUGCAAUUUAGUUAUUUCUCACAGACUAUAAAUCCGGUGUGUUCUAUAAUGGAUAUAGUAGAUUAAUUAGGAUACAUUUGAGACCAGGCAUAGGUUUUUGCAAGUAAAAUGGGGUAUUUUUUUCCUAAGGUUUUGUAUUAAAUUGUAUUUAUUUUGAAGUUUAAUGUAAACUGUAGUUUAGAAAUUUUGGAUUUUGAACAGCUCAGUUUUUAUUGCGCUAUAAGGGGACAUGGUUUGCUAACUGCAUAGGAGGUAAUAAUGGGGAAAAGGCCUAAAGUUGUACCAGGGGAGGUUUAGAUUGAAUUUUAUAAAAAAACUUCUUCACCCCAUCCAAGGGUUGUCAAACACUGGAUUCGACUGCCCAGGGAAGUGGUGGAGUCACUGUUCCUGGAGGUUAAAAGAUGUAUAGAUGCAGCACUUGGGGACAUGAUUUAGUGGCAUGGUAGACUUGGCAGUGCUGAAUUAACAGUUGGACUUGAUUAUCUUUCUUAAGGGUCUUUUCCAACCUAAAUGAGUCUAAUGUGUACUUACAACUUCAGUCAUUAUCUCACCAGUGACCUGCAAAGACUUUCCUGAGCCUAGCUGCAGGAAGCGUGGACAGACUGGAGAUACCCAUCCAUCAAUCCUUUCCUCCAAAUGGGCGCUUAUAAGAAAACAGCCUAUAUGAUCCAUAGCUUCAUUCUUAUAGCAUGUUCUACUAACGAAGCACGUGCAAUUGAAAGUAAAAUAAAAAUGGGAAAAUCUAAUUGCACCUUCAUAAAUAUGAAAAAGUAUGAAAACUGCUUCUGAAAAUUGGCUUUAAGUUGAAUGUAGCAAUUCCUUGAAUCUGUAUGUAAUGUUUUAGCAGCAUUUGAUAAGCACUGGAAGUUACAAAGAGAAGUGGAAAAUGUGUAAGAUAGCAUUUUAGAAAAAUAUGAUCUGUGUUUUUACAACUAUUUUCAGAACUUGGUACUGCUGCACACGUGUACAGGGGCCUGGUCAAAAAGCCACUGAAGGCAAUGGGCCAUGUCUCAUAAGGCCUUUAGAUUAAGGCCCAAACACACUGGGGGUCCUGUGCAAGAUGGUUGAUGCUGCUUCUGUAUCAGUUCUGCACUGAGGUAAACCUUCUGGCUUCAGUAGGUGGGCUCCUGAUUUACACUGAUGUAAGGAAAACUAGAGCAAGAGUCAAGAAACUGAAUAAUUAUUCAGUCCUGCUCAGGCUCUGCUUAUAGACCUGUCCUUGGUGAAGAGAAUUGGUGUGGGACUUGACCAUCCUGGUUACUGCUGCCACUACAUAUCAUGCAGGGCCCAGUGGGGAGGUAGGCACAGUUGAGGAAGGUCACAACAGGAACUGCAUGUAGCUCUGUCAGGGAAAUGGGGUACAGCUCAUCAGGGAAAAUAAGACUACAGCUCUGACACAGGUUAACUUUUUUGUUGAGCAAUAGUUUAUUCUGAGAUGCAAUGUUAAAGUGGCUGUAUUUUUCCUUUACAAGCAGUAAAACUGUUGAGUCCAAGGCACAGUUGGCUCCAGCAAACAAUGGCUAAUGAGUAGCCUUAAUAGCACCAGCCAGGCACCUGAUGUGGGCAUAGCAGGUUUGGUUUGGUUUUUAUUGAGGUCAUGAUCCAGGGGGAAGAGUGAUUUGAAAGUUAACUUUUUGUGAUUUCUUCUAAUUGCAUUUAGUGGAAAACCUGGGUUUGACUUGAAGAGUUUGUAAACAAUUCUUCACUAGAACUGUAGAUCCUUUGUAGAAAUUAAGAAAAUUAAGUGCAACAGUUACUGGGAUUACCUCUAUUGUACAGAUAAGUAAAUAAAAUUUAAUCUUUGGAGUUACUAUA